CUGUAAUGUCUGGACGUGGAAGAGGACGAGCAAGGGGCCCAGGGAGAAGACCAGCUCCAGUGAGAGAUGCAGGGCCAGGGAGAGGUGCAGUGAGAGGUGCAGUAGGAGGUGCAGGUGCAGGAAGAGGAGCAGACCCAAGGAGAGGGCAAGGUAGAGGUGUAAGAAUGCGUGGUGGUGGCAUUCCAAGGGCUGCAAGAACAGUAGUCAGUGAUGAAAUUCGUGCCACUAUCAUUGACCAUGUAAUCAACCAUGGUCUCUCACUAAGAGAGGCUGGUGAAAGAGUCCAACCCAAUUUGAGGCGGUCAACGGUUGCCUCCAUUAUUCGCAUCUUUCAACAAACCAACAGGUAAGUAUUGCAUUUUACAUGGAUUGUUUCUAUUCUCACUUGACAUGUCAAUAAGGUCAUACAGUAAUGCAUAUGUUGAUUUUUUUCCCCUCUAAAGAAUGCAACGUCUUCCACCCUCUGGGGGAAGAGGAAAGCUCCUCAAUAAUGAUCAAGAGCUUGCCAUUGUAGAAAUGGUUGUUGCAAAUAAUGCAAUAAAACUGCAUGAAAUUAAAACUAGAAUUGUGGAGGACCAUGAGAUAUUUGGCAAUAUAGAAAGCAUCAGCCUCACAACCAUUACACGGACACUGUCCAAACACAGAGUGCGGAUGAAGCAGCUCUACACUGUUCCCUUUGAGAGGAACAGUGAGAGAGUCAAGGAGCUACGACGACAAUAUGUCCAGAGAGUUAUGGAAUUGAAGGCCAACCAGGCCCUUCAUGAAUUCAUUUACAUAGAUGAGGCAGGAUUCAAUCUAUCCAAAAGGCGUCGACGUGGACGAAAUAUAAUUGGAAAAAGGGCCACAGUUGAUGUGCCAGGACAGAGAGGGGCAAACAUUACCAUGUGUGCAGCAAUGGCAAAUGCAGGAUUACUCCUUCACAGAUGUCAGGUUGGACCCUAUAAUACCGAGCGCCUCCUUGCCUUUCUCAAUGAUCUCCACCUGCGCCUGGUACCAGAGCAGGAUCAGGAGGGUGAAAGCAUGAGGACCUUUGUAAUUACCUGGGACAAUGUUGCUUUCCAUCAUUCGCAAGCAAUAACAGCAUGGUUUGAAGUCCACCCAAGACUGGUAAGUCUCUUCCUUCCACCCUAUUCACCUUUCCUCAACCCCAUAGAGGAGUUCUUUUCUGCAUGGAGGUGGAAGGUUUAUGACCAUCAGCCACAUGACCAGAUGUCCCUCCUUGAAGCCAUGGAUGCUGGCUGCAGGGACAUCACAGUUCAAGAUUGCCAAGGGUGGAUCCGACAUACCAAGCGGUUUUAUCCCAGGUGCAUCGCCUUGGAUGAUAUCAGAUGUGAUGUUGACGAAAACAUGUGGCCUAACCCUGAAGAUCGCAGGGAUUAGAUACAUUAAUUUUGUGCUAUUUUUAGUUCCCCCUUCUUAUCUGGGCUUUUUGCUGUUUUGUUUUUUGUUUUGUUUUUUUGUUUUUCAGAAUGCUCUUAUAUAUGAUAUUUUGUUCACUGUAAGCAAUACUGUAAAACCUUUUCUGUUCUAUUAUAUUGUGUUUCUACUGUAUCUCCUUUAGUAAACAGUAAAGAAAAAAAUAACUGAUUUGCUUUUUACUGGAAUGCGUUUGAAUGUGAACAUUACUGUACAUGUGGACAUACAGUUCCCAACUAAGAAAUUUUGUGUAAAAGGUGGAUUGCAUGUUACCUGAAACAUAAAAGUCUAUGCAGUUUUUCUAAUGUCAACAAUAGCCAGUAUUUUGAAACCUGGUGUACUUUGAUUGACUGCAUAUACAUUGUGAAGUGAAAACAAGUGUUAUUUUUUGACAGAAUAAUUUCAUUUUGAGUCAGAUUUCCAGUGUUUCGGUAAAGUUAGUGUGUGCAGAGAAAGAUGUGUUCUGUUUUGAAAUGGAGAGUUAGUAUAUAUUUAACAAAAUGUGUUUUUGAGAGGAAAAUUAUCAAUUUGGCCAAUUGUGUUUUGUAGGUGUAAGUCUGUGUUAAGAGUUUAGAAAAAUUAUCUUAAGUAUAGGUAAGCGCUUGUUAGCGAUUGAAAAAAAC